UCAGCUAUGUUUCGCAUACAAAUAUAAUGUCGCAUGUACCAGUAUUUAACAAGAGGAGAAAUUCAGGCAUUUUGUUUACAAUGCUUCUUGCAUUUAUCAGUUUGCAUUUAAGUUCUGUAGUGGUUGGUAUAGAGGAAAUAAGGGGCGUGCGUACCUAAUUUUGGAUAAUGGCUGGUUGAAAGUUCUGUAUGACCAAUGGUUUUGGGUGAUAGGGCAUUGAUUUAGCUUCAAAACAUAUGUGGGAUGGAUAUAAUGAAAGUCUGUAUGACUUUGUCUUAGCUGGACUGAAACAUUUUUUCUUCAGUAUUGCUCUUUCAUUUUAUUGUAGAUGUAGAUCUUUUUUAGACAGAAAAUGUGUCUCCAUUCUUAUUUUUGUGAAUUGGACUACCCAGGUAAUGCCAUGGUCUUCAAGCCUUCUCCCUUCACCCCCAUCUCUAUUGUGCUACUGGCAGAGAUCUACAAUAAGGCUGGUGUCCCUAAGGGACUUUUCAAUGUGGUGCAGGGUGGAGCUGCCACAGGCCAAUUCCUGUGCCAGCACCCAGAUGUGGCCAAAGUCUCAUUCACGGGGAGUGUGCCCACAGGUAUUAAGAUUAUGGAAAUUGCAGCCAAAGGGAUCAAACCUGUUACUUUAGAGUUAGGAGGAAAGUCUCCCCUCAUUAUCUUCUCUGACUGUGUAUUGGAUAAUGCUGUGAAAGGAGCCCUCAUGGCUAAUUUCCUUACCCAGGGUGAGGUUUGCUGCAAUGGUACCCGGGUAUUUGUACAACGAGCAGUCCUGGAAGCCUUCAUCAAAGAAGUUGUGAAACAGACUCAGAACAUCAAAAUUGGUGACCCCCUGUUGCAAGAUACAAGGAUGGGAGCACUUAUCAACAAAGCACACCUGGAGAAAGUCUUGAGUUUUGUUAAACAAGCAAAGGAGCAGGGUGCAGAAGUCCUGUGUGGAGGGGAUGCAUUUGUGCCAGAUGAUCCCGGUCUGAAAAAUGGCUUUUAUAUGUCUCCUUGUGUCUUAGGUAUGGAUAUUAUAUUAUUAAUGCCAUUGGCACUACUUUUUAACCAUAGGCAAAACUUUGAUUUUACUAGACUAGACUAAAGGGGUAGGGUGAAG